AUUUUUGACAUUUCUACAAUUAGCCGUACCGAAAAAUAAGGAUUUGGUCUUUGGAUUCUACAUAAAACAACAAAUAAAGGCUUAAGAAUAAAUAAAAUUAGACCAAAUUGCAUCAGCCAUGUCUGAGUCCUAUGAAUAUUUGUUUAAAUUCUUAGUGAUAGGAAGUGCGGGUACAGGAAAAUCAAGUCUUCUUAACAAUUUUAUAGGAAAUAAAUUUAAAGAAGAUCGAUGUCAUACGAUCGGGGUAGAAUUUGGAUCUAAGAUCAUAAAUAUAGGAGGCAAAUCCACUAAACUACAAAUAUGGGACACAGCAGGACAAGAAAGAUUCCGUUCAGUUACACGAUCAUACUACAGAGGAGCUGCUGGAGCGUUACUUGUAUAUGACAUUACAUCUCGUGACUCUUUUAAUGCUUUAUCUAACUGGUUAAGAGAUGCGCGGACAUUGGCAAGCCCUAACAUAGUUAUAUUACUUGUUGGCAAUAAAAAAGAUUUAGAGGAAUCAAGAGAAGUAACUUUUACUGAAGCUAGUCAAUUUGCACAGGAUAAUGAACUGAUGUUUCUUGAAAGUAGUGCAAAGUCAGGAGAAAAUGUCGAAGAAGCAUUCUUGAAAUGUUCUAAAACAAUUCUUGCUAAAAUAGAGACUGGAGAAUUGGAUCCUGAAAGAAUAGGUUCCGGAAUACAGUAUGGAACAGGAACCUCUAAGAGAUUAUCGGCACCAAAGAAGACUGUAAGAGCACCAUCAGAUUGCGCCUGCCAUGUGUAGCAAGUUUUAAUUUUUAAGUUUAAAGUAAUCAAAAAAUAAUCCUUAAUUGGAUUCAUAACUCUCUCUUUGAAUGUGAUGUACUUUGUUUAUAACAUAUCAGUCAGUGCAAAGGCAGAAGACCUAAAUUAGCAAAAUGUAACUUUUGGUAAAACUUUUUUUUUUUAAUGCGACUUAGUUCUAACGAAAAUGGUAUUAUUAUUUUAUAUUCAUCUAAAUAUACAAGCUUAUUUUUUCUGGAAAAUUUAAUUACCUCAUUUCUCAAAAGCAACAUUUUGCUUUUGGAAAAUUUUAGCUUCAGCUCUUCUUCCUUCCCACUGACAAUAUGUAGUUGCUAAGUAAAAUUAGAAUUUAGAAUUUGAAUUAUAAAUUCAAAAAUUACUCUGACUAUUCUGAAUGUACUUUUAGGGAGAAUAAUCUUUUUUAAUAUUAACAUAGGUAAGAAGUGUAAACAUUAGUAAAUUAUUGGGAAAAAUAUAGCUAAUAAGACUUAUUAUUUUGUGUUAUUUAGACUUUAGCUCCACUAAAUACAUUUUUUUCAUAUCUGAU